ACUGCAGACAGUUCACUGGACUGAUUUAGGAAACGUGGCCUUACGACUGAGCACACGUAUCAAUGAGAAACACACCGAGCUGACACACACACACCGCACUGUUCUCUCUAAAAACACACUCAGCUCACACUCACAACAGCACAUCUCUCUCUAAAGAUUACUGUAUUUACACACGCUGAAUCAUGGCUGAUGUGGAGCAGAGCGCAGCGGUGCCGGACGGGUCCAGUAACGCUUCGGAUGCGGUGAACGGGACCGCGGGCCGGUUCGUGUCCAGCGCCGAGGGCACCGCGCUGGCGUACGGCAGCCUGCUGUUCAUGGCACUGCUGCCCAUCUUCUUCGGAGCGCUCAAAUCCGUGGGCUGCUCCAAGACUAAGAAUGCUUCAGAUAUGCCCGAGACCAUCACAAGCAGAGAUGCUGCGCGCUUCCCCAUCAUUGCCAGCUGCACUCUCUUUGGCCUAUAUCUCUUUUUCAAGAUUUUCUCUCAGGAGUAUAUAAACUUACUGUUAUCCAUGUAUUUCUUCGUGCUGGGAAUAUUAGCGCUGUCACAUACAAUGAGUCCCUUCAUGUGCAGGGUUUUCCCUGCCAACCUGCCGAAUAAACAGUACCAGCUGCUGUUCACACAGGGAUCAGGAGAGAGCAAAGAGGAGAUUGUCAACUAUGAGUUUGACACUAAAGAUCUGAUCUGUUUGGCUAUCAGCAGUGUGGUGGGGGUCUGGUACAUCCUCAAGAAGCAUUGGGUAGCCAAUAACCUGUUUGGUCUGGCAUUUGCCUUGAAUGGAGUUGAGCUGCUCCACCUGAAUAAUGUGAGCACUGGCUGCAUUCUGCUGGGUGGUCUGUUCGUUUAUGAUGUGUUCUGGGUGUUUGGCACCAAUGUUAUGGUGACUGUUGCCAAGUCCUUUGAAGCCCCAAUUAAGUUGGUUUUCCCACAAGAUUUAUUGGAGAGAGGUUUGGAUGCCAGUAAUUUUGCCAUGCUGGGACUGGGAGACAUUGUCAUUCCAGGAAUCUUCAUCGCUCUGCUCCUGCGCUUUGAUGUCAGUUUAAAGAAGAACACAAGAACGUACUUCUACACCAGUUUCCUAGCGUACAUCUUCGGUCUGGGUCUUACCAUAUUCGUCAUGCACACCUUCAAACAUGCUCAGCCUGCUUUGCUCUAUCUGGUCCCUGCGUGUGUUGGGUUUCCAGUGCUGGUGGCACUUUUUAAAGGAGAACUGACCGAGAUGUUCAGGUAUGAGGAGUCGUCACCGGAGGAAGGGUCAUCAAAAGAUGAAAUAACAGAAUCUGAUAAAGACAAAUAAAAGUGCAAACAAUCCUCGUUCAUGUUCUCCAUUUGUUUGUCGCAGUGACGUGUUCAUGCAGCAGCCCGUAGCAGUCUGUUUAUGCAACAUGUUCUGUAGUUCAAACUGUUUUAAAGAUGUAUGACAGCUUUAUCAGUGCUUCUGUAUCACCCUCUUUCUGCUCAUUUCAUUGCCUUCCAAUACUCAUUGGAUUAUUUUUAUUAGAUAUUUGCUUUCAAUGGCCAGAAUUUUACUUUACAUAUAUAUAUUUAUAUAUAGAGACUGUUUGCAUGUAAGGUGUUAUUUCAUUAUGCAGUUUUAUUACAAAACUAUCUGAUAUCACACACGCCAAUCUACCCAUUCUCAAAAAGUAUUUUCUAAAUUUUUUCCAGUAAAAAAAAAAUAUGUAAACACCCUUAAACAUUUCUUAAGAACUAAAAUUGUAAAAUACUUGUUUUAAGAGAAAAUAUCUUGAAUAUCUUAACUAAAAAAAAAUUAGAAUCCAAGAUAAAUUCUCUGAAAAUGAAUAGAUUCCAAAGUGAAUUUAUCUUGUUUUAAAGAUUUAAAUGAAAAACAAGACAAAAAUACUGAUUAUGAUGUUUAGCAAUUUUAUGACUUCACUUUUUUUUUUCUUUUAUUGGGGUGGGUCUUUACUCUUGGAUUUCAUGAGGGUAUUUUCAAAUGAUAUUUAAAAGCAUUCUGAGCAUUCGUUUUAAUGUAUCUGUAGAAAUAUAGAGCAAAAAAGGGACCAAAUCUCUCCCUAUGAAAUGAUGGUUAUGUUUAAAGUUUCUGGCAUUGUCACGAUGUAGUUUAGAGGAAGGAUUGUCAGGAUAAAUGGAGCCGUUUCUAUGCCAUAUUGAGUGCAGAUUUUGUCUGUACACCUUGUGUUCAGCUCGGUUCAAUAACCAUUUUAAAAUCUCUUCUUGUUUAACCUUUCUUUUCUCAAUGUAAAAGUGCAAGUAUUGGCUUAUAAGAGGAGUAUUUUUCCUCCGUUAUUUGUUGUUGUUUUUUUUUUUUAUUUGCAUUAAACUGUGGUUUAUACUGCCAUAGAGAAGCAUAUCACCAUUGUUUGCUUGACUGCUUUGAAAUAGUUUUGAUAUUGAAAUCAAAGGAAAAUGAUUCUGUUAUCAGAGACUGUCAACAAAGGCUAUCAAGUUAUCAUAACUUAUACAUGUUCAAAUACAGUCUGCUCUCACCUUCUACUAUCAUACAUCACUAUCACCCAGUACAUUCAAAAUUUGGGAUUCUAAGUCUAAUUUACACUUUAGGAUUUUGAAUAAUUUCAAUAACAUGGAAUCAUUAUGGCAUUAAAUGAAUUUGUUUCCACACUGUUUCUAAUUGAAUGUUGGCCAAUUUAUGACAUGUUUAAAGGAAUAUUUUACCAAAAAUGAAAAUUCUCUCAUUUACUUACACAUUUUGGAUGGAAUGAGGGUAUGACUUUCUGUGUAUGAGUUUGCUGAACACAAACUAAGAUGUUUAGAAGAAUAUCUCAGCUCUGUAGGUCCAUAUAAUACAAGUGAAUGGGUGUCAAAAUUCUCCAGUAGUAAAGAAAAGCAGCAUAAAAGUAAUCCAUAUAACUCUGGUGGUAAAAUACAGGUCUUCUGAAGCGAUCUGAUAUGUGUGGUUGAGAAAGAGAUCAAUAUUUAAGUCCUUUUUACUAUCAAUCUCCACUUUCACGUUCACAUUCUUUUGUUUUAGACGAUUCACAUUCUUUAUGCAUAUCACCACCUACUGGUCAGAGCUGAUAAACGGUGGAGAUUUAUAGUAAAAAAAAAAAGACUUAAAUAUUGAUCUGUUUCUCACCCACAACUAUCAUAUCACUUCUAAAGACAUGGAUUAAUCCAAUGGAGUCGUAUGGAUUACUUUUAUGUUGCCUUUGUGCUUUUUGGAGCUUAAAAAUUUUGGUUCCCAUUCACUUGCAUUGUAAUGAUCUACAGAGCUGAGAUAUUCUUCUAAAAAUCUUCAUUUGUGUUCAGAAAGGAAGUCAAACACAUCUGGGAUGGCAUGAGGGCGAGUAAAUGAUAAGUGAAAUUUAAUUUUUGUGUGAACUACCCUUAUAACACUUGCGCAGAUGGUCAGAUUUCCUUGCUUUCAUUGAUGCACACAAGAUGCUCUUUUGGACAUUCUCAAAUCAUGCUGGAUAAUAUGAUCAUCAGGUUUUGUACAUGCCAGCUCCAAUGCAUGUUGUCAUUAAAGCAAAAGGGUGACCAUUCAA